CCCGUACCCGUUCUGCCACUUGUCAAAUCAAUUUUGAUAUUUUUUGACUUCCAUAAAGUCUCGAGUAUUUUGGAGUUGAUUAUUAAUGGUUUUUAAUUAAUGUGCACCGUUUGAGCGUUUUGAUACACUAACAAAAUGCUGGUUCUUUUUGAAACGCCCGCCGGAUAUGCUAUAUUUAAGCUUCUGGAUGAUAAGAAGUUGAAGGAAACAGAAAAUUUAUAUCUGGAUUUUGCGAGCCCAGACUCCGCUAGUAGAGUUGUAAAAUUGAAGCAUUUCGAGAAGUUUUGCGAUACCACAGAAGCCCUAGCGGCCACAACAGCGGCGGUAGAGGGUAAAAUAUCGAAGAGCUUGAAAAAGGUUUUGAAGAAACAUGUAGAUAAGGAUCUACAAGAACAACUUUUAGUCGCCGACGCGAAAUUGGGAUCGGCCAUUAAAGAGAAAUUCAGCUUGCAAUGCCUUUCGAAUACUGCUGUGCAAGAACUAAUGAGAUGCAUUCGAUCACAAUUAGACAGCUUGAUUUCCGGUCUACCGAAGAAAGAAAUGACAGCUAUGGCGUUGGGUCUGGCUCAUUCGUUGUCCAGGUAUAAGCUCAAAUUCUCCCCGGAUAAAGUGGAUACGAUGAUAGUACAGGCCGUAUCUUUACUGGACGAUUUAGACAAGGAGCUCAAUAAUUACGUCAUGAGAUGCAGGGAAUGGUACGGUUGGCAUUUUCCUGAAUUGGGCAAAAUUGUAACGGAUAAUGUAGUUUUCGCCAAAACAGUACUUAUUAUCGGUACGCGAGAAAAUACAUCCACCUCGGAUUUAUCUGAUAUACUACCAGAAGAAAUUGAGGAGAAAGUAAAAGAAGCUGCCGAAAUUUCGAUGGGAACAGAAAUUUCUGAUGAAGAUAUAAUUAACAUACAGAAUUUAUGCGAUCAGAUCAUCGAAAUAACUAAUUAUCGUACGCAAUUGUACGAUUACUUAAAGUCGAGAAUGAUGGCGAUGGCUCCGAAUUUAACUGUACUCGUGGGAGAUUUGGUUGGGGCUAGAUUAAUUUCCCACGCUGGGUCUCUGAUUAAUUUGGCUAAACACCCGGCUUCCACAGUGCAGAUUCUCGGUGCCGAAAAGGCCCUAUUUAGAGCGCUCAAGACGAAAAAAGAUACCCCAAAGUAUGGUCUCAUUUACCAUUCGCAGUUAGUCGGACAAUCCAGCACAAAAAAUAAAGGGAAAAUGUCGAGAAUGUUGGCAGCCAAAGCGUCUCUGGCCACUCGUGUGGAUGCUCUUGGAGAAGACGGUACAUUUACAUUAGGAGCCGAACACAAGGCUAAAUUGGAAUCGAGGUUAAGGUUUUUGGAAGAGGGCAACUUGAGAAGGAUUAGCGGUACAGGCAAAGCCAAAGCCAAGUUCGAGAAAUACCAUGGCAUUAGCGAAAUCAAACAAUAUCCAGACGCUGCAGAUUCAACACUUCCCGCUGCGGGCAAAAGAAAGAGAACCGAAUCAGGCAUUAAGGAAGAGAGCCAAACAGAUGUGGCUACUCCGGGAUCUUCUAAGAAGAAGAAACUUAAAUUGGAACAAGAAGUAGAAGAAGCCACAGAAGUCCCGAAGAAGAAGAAAAUUAAAUCCGAAAAACUUGAUGAAAGUGUGCACGAACAAAUCGAGGGAGAAGAUGAAUCGGAAACCGUUAGUAAGAAAAAGAAGAAAAAGAAAGCCAAGGAAGAGGUACCAGAACAAACCAGUUCUACUGAAGAGCCAGUCUCAGAGAAAAAGAAAAAGAAGAAAAAGAAACAUGCUGAAUAAGCUCAGCAAUGUUUUUUCAGAAAUGUUCAUUUUCCAUUUUUUUAUAUUAUAAACAGUAAGAUUAAAACUGUUGAUACACCUAUCAAAUUAAGUAUAUUUUUCUUAUACUUGCAAGCAGUAGUAUAAAAUAAAUGUCUACAUUA